AUGCUCAGUUUUGUACCUAAUACAACUGGUGCAAUAGCUAAAACUGCAGCUCAUCGACCUAUUCAUUUUAUUGUUAUACCUGCAUUAUUAGCAUCAAUUGCUUAUUUAUUUAUAAGUGAUGAUUAUAUACCUGAUAAUUUAUCAUCAUCUUUAUCAAAUGAUAAUAUUGGAAUAAAUUAUUAUCAUUCACCUAAAAAGACAGAUCAAUGGAUACCAAUAGAUGAUAUUGAUAUUAAUAAAUAUUCAAAUUCAAAUCAUAUAACAUUAAUACCUUUAAGAUUUAGAAAAUUUCAUAAUUCAAUUCCUAAAAUAACAAAUUCUAUUAUAAUAAAUGGUAAUGAACAAAUUCUUUUAAUUGAUUCAAAUAAAGUUGAUAAUACAUUACAAGAUUUAAAUAAAUUUACUCAAGAUGGUAUUCAAUGGAAAAUUAGAAAUGAUUAUAAAAUUGGUAGAUAUUAUGAUUAUUUUAAAUAUUUAUUUUUAAAAAUUCAAGAAUCUAUUAAAAAUGCUGAUAAUUUUGAUAUUUUAUUAAUAUUUGUUGCUUAUAUUGCAAUGUGGUAUACAUUAAUUAAAGUAUUUUUUGAUAUGAAACAAAUUGGUUCAAAAUUUUGGUUAGCUUUUUCAACUUUAGUUUCUUCAACUUUUGCAUUUUUAUUUGCUUUAGUUGUAUCAAAUAAGAUUUUAGAUUGUAAAGUAUCAUUUGUAAGUUUAUCAGAAGGUAUACCAUUUUUAGUUGCAAUUAUUGGUUUUAAACAUAAAGUUUCAAUUGCAACUUCAGUACUGAAAUCAUCAACUGCAUCACCUGAAGAUGUUCCAAAUAUUGUUGGACAAUCGAUAUCAUCACAUACUUUAAGUAUAUUUAGAGAUCAUAUAGUAGUUAUAGGAGCAUUAUUAUCAUGUGCAUUAUAUGCUAAUCAUUUAACAGGUUUAAGGAAUUUUUGUAUAUUAAGUUCUUUAAUUUUAACAUUUGAUUUAAUUUUAGUUCAUACAUUUUUUGCUGCAAUUUUAGGCUUAAAAAUUGAAAUUAAUAGAGCAAGAAGGACUGAAGAUUUAAAAGAUGCAUUAGAAGAAGAUGGAAUAUCUUCAUUAGUAGCUGCUAGAGUUGCAGAACAAUCAUCAACUAUUGAACAUCCAAAUGAUAUUAAUUUUUUUGAAUCAAAAGAUUAUUCAAUAUUAUCAUUUAAAGUUAUAAUGAGUGUUGGAUUCAUAGCAUUUCAUGUAUUUUGGUUAGGAAGUUCUUGGUUAUAUAGUACAUCAGAUGGUAAUGUAAAAGUUCUGCUUUUAGGUGGAGCACCACUUAUAACAGAAUCUAUAUCAAAACAAAUACCUAUAGGUAGUAAAGGUACAGUAUUAACAAUUUUACCAACCAGAUUUUAUAUGCCAUCAGGAGUUAUUGCCCAAGUUGAAGACUCAAUUUUUUUCAUUUUGACCAAAAUAAGUAGUGCUAUUAGAGAUAGUAUAUUAUCAAAAGUUCUUUUAUUUUGUUUUGGUGUUUCAAUUUUCACAAAUGUUUAUUUUCUUAAUGCCUCAAGAUAUCAAGUAACUGCUACUCAAAAAUUACUUGAACAAGAAAUAUCACGUCCACAAAUUAAAAAUAGUUCAUCAGAACCUGUCAUUAGAAAAAAUGAAUUGGAAGAUAAUAAUGCAUCAUCAUCUGAAGAUGAUGAAUUAGAAAUUAAAGUCCCUAAAAAAUUAUUGCCAUUGGAGAAAUGUAUUGAGAUACUAAAAGAUGGAAAAGUCAAAACUUUAAAUAAUGAUGAAGUAUCUUCAUUAGUUGUUAAUGGUAAAUUACCUUUAUAUGCAUUAGAAAAACAAUUGGCCGAUAAUAGAAGAGCAGUUGUUGUACGUCGUAAGGCAAUUGCAAAAUUAGCUAAAGCGCCAGUUUUAGAAUCAAAUAGAUUACCUUAUGCACAUUAUGAUUAUGAUAGAGUUUUUGGUGCUUGUUGUGAAAAUGUUAUUGGGUACAUGCCGAUUCCAGUUGGUGUUGCAGGUCCUUUAAUUAUUGAUGGUAAACCAUAUCAUAUUCCAAUGGCGACUACUGAAGGUUGUUUAGUUGCCUCUACUAUGCGUGGUUGUAAAGCUAUAAAUGCUGGUGGUGGUGUUGAAACUGUUUUAACCAGAGAUGGUAUGACUAGAGGUCCUUGUGUAAGAUUUCCAACACUUGCUAGAGCUGGUUCUGCAAAAAUAUGGAUUGAUUCAGAAGAAGGUCAAAAAACUAUUAAAAAAGCAUUUAAUUCAACUUCAAGAUUUGCUCGUUUACAACAUAUUCAAACUGCAUUAGCAGGAACAUUACUUUUUAUUAGGUUUAGAACUACCACUGGUGACGCCAUGGGUAUGAAUAUGAUUUCAAAAGGUGUAGAAUAUUCAUUAAAAUAUAUGGUUGAAGAAUGUGGUUAUGCAGAUAUGGAAAUUAUUUCAGUUUCUGGUAAUUAUUGUACUGAUAAGAAACCAGCAGCUAUUAAUUGGAUAGAAGGUAGAGGUAAAUCAAUUGUUGCAGAAGCAAGAAUUCCAGCUGAAGUUGUUCAAAAAGUUUUAAAAUCAGAUGUGGAUGCAUUAGUAGAAUUAAAUAUUAGUAAGAAUUUAGUUGGUUCAGCUAUGGCUGGUUCAGUUGGUGGAUUUAAUGCUCAUGCUGCUAAUUUAGUUACUGCCGUUUAUUUAGCUUGUGGUCAAGAUCCUGCACAAAAUGUUGAGAGUUCAAAUUGUAUUACUUUAAUGAAUAAAGAUAAAUUAAAUGGAGAUUUACAAAUAUCAGUAAGUAUGCCUUCUAUUGAAGUUGGUACUAUUGGUGGAGGAACAAUAUUAGAACCUCAAGGAGCAAUGUUAGAUUUAUUAGGAGUUCGUGGUCCACAUCCAAAAAAUCCUGGGGAUAAUGCUAGACAAUUGGCGAAAAUUGUAGCAUCAGCAGUAUUAGCAGCUGAAUUAUCAUUAUGUUCUGCAUUAGCCGCUGGUCAUUUAGUACAAUCACAUAUGCAACAUAAUAGAGCAGCUCCAACAGCUAAUGCUACAGCUUCAACCACAUCUCAAAAUGUUAAUAGUAAUGGUAAUGGUAAGGUUAAUGGUGCAGCAGAUCUUAAAAGGUUAAAAGAAGGUUCUGUCACUUCUAUUUACAUUUCAACUUCAUUACAACUAAAUGAUCCAAAUGUUGAUUCAAUGUUAAAAAGGUUAAUUUAUAAAAUAAACCAACCAUUUCAUAAUUUGACAACUCAAGAAAGAGCUUUAUUAUUUUUAAGAUUAGGAAGUGCAACCCUUGCAAUAGCUUGUUUCUUGACUUUAUUAAUUGGUUCAAUCGUUUCAAAUUUUUUCAAUAUUAGUAGGAUAAAUUGUGCUCAUUUAGAUGUAGCAUAUGGAUUAUAUAAAUCAUUAAGAAACUCAGUUACACUGGCUCAAACAAUAUUAGGAUCAGAUGAUACUGGGUUUUUACUGGGAGAUACUUUAACAAAUAGUGAGAUUUCAUUAUUAACUGAUUAUGCUGAAGCUCAAGUUGCAGGUGCACCACAAUAUUGUUUUACAUCUUUAUGGCAUUGGUGUUAUGGUAAUUAUGAUACUCAUGAAACAACAGGAAGACAAGGAGAAAAAAUACAAAAAAAAAUUAAUGAAGUUGUUACAUGUUUAUCAAAUAAAUAUUAUGUUUUUGAUUAUGUGACUCAAUUACGAGAAAUUGGAUUAGAAAGUAUUUUGGCUUAUGCUUAUCAAGGUGCAAUUGAAGGUGAUACUGAAUAUGAGAAAACUAUUGCUAAAAGAAAUCAUACUUUUAAAUUAGCUCUUAAUGCUAUAAUUUUUGCAGAAUGUGUUCAAUUAGCACUAAUAUGUGCUAUAUUAGUAAUAUAUUCAAAUAGAAAAUCAGCAAAAGAUUUAAGUAAAAUUCCAAAUUUUAUAUUACAUAUAAUUUCAAUAAUAUCAGUUAUGUCAUGUUGUAGUUCGAUUAUUGGAUCAGCAAUUAUAACAAAUUUAUUAAAAGUUACACAAGCAGAAAUAAGUAAUAAAUUAGGAGAUUUUGGUGUAACUUUUGAAAGAGGUUCAAAUUGGUUUGCAAUAUUAUGGUUAUCAACUGUAAGUUAUCGAGCUAUUGUAGAAAUUACUGAAAGUUUUACAGAACCAGAAGAUCAAUUUAUGAAAAAUGAAAUUAUAAGAAGUAUUAUGGAAGCUAUUUCAGUACAACCAGAAAAGAAACCAAAAAAGAUCAAUUUUAAAAGUUUAGCUGAAGAUUUAGCUAGUUUAUUUGUUGGUACAACUAGAUCAUAUAGUUUUUGUGAACAAUUGUAUGAUGAUUUAUUAGAUGUUCAAAAACAAAAAGAAGUAAAAUAA